UCUAGCCAAAAAAAAAAAAAAAAGCCAUGCUGCGGCUUUCCUAUUUCUCUCCAAAGUCUUCACUGUCUUACUCACUUUGCCCUCUUCUUCUCUCCUCCCCUCGCAUUUUCAAAUUCCGUUUUUACCCCUCCUCGUCCCCCAAAUCUCACUUUUACCCUCUCUCCCACCGUACCUACACCGCAUGCGGCGCAACCACCACUAGCGCUUCCAGCGGCAGCCUAAUGGACUCAUCGGCCUCCCAGGAACCCGCCGUCGAUUCCGUCAUCAACGAUUUUAAAAAUCAGAGCUUAGGCGGAGACGGCGACGAUAAAAUUAAUAAUAGUAAUAUCAAUAAUAAGGUUAAAUUAAGCCUUGAAGAUCUAAAUUGGGACCAUUCUUUUGUUAGAGCUUUGCCCGGCGAUUCAAGAACCGAUAAUAUUCCACGUCAGGUGUUGCAUGCUUGCUACUCAAAAGUUCUGCCAUCAGUUGAAGUAGAAGAUCCUCAAUUGGUCGCGUGGUCGGAAUCGGUAGCUGAAUUGCUGGAAUUGGACCCUAAAGAAUUUGAAAGACCAGAUUUUCCUCUUAAAUUUUCCGGGGCUUCUCUGUUGGCGGGAGCGCUGCCUUAUGCUCAGUGCUAUGGAGGACAUCAAUUUGGCAUGUGGGCUGGACAGCUGGGUGAUGGUCGGGCUAUUACGCUGGGGGAGAUUUUAAAUUCUAAGUCUGAAAGGUGGGAACUGCAGCUUAAGGGUGCUGGAAAGACGCCAUAUAGCCGGUUUGCAGAUGGCCUUGCAGUUUUGCGUAGUAGCAUUAGAGAAUUCCUUUGCAGUGAAGCAAUGCACCAUCUAGGAAUUCCAACUACUCGCGCACUUUCUCUUGUGACAACGGGAAAAUUUGUCACUAGAGACAUGUUUUAUGAUGGCAACGCCAAGGAAGAACCUGGUGCAAUAGUUUGCAGAGUUGCACAAUCCUUUCUUCGUUUUGGUUCUCUUCAACUACAUGCUUCUAGAGGGGAAGAGGAUGUUGAAAUUGUCCGGGCUUUAGCGGACUAUGCUAUUAGACAUCAUUUCCCUCAUAUUGAGAAUAUGACUAAAAGUGAGAGUUUGUCUUUUAGCAUGGGUGCUGAAGAUGAUUCAGUUGUGGAUCUAACCUCCAAUAAGUAUGCAGCAUGGACAGUAGAGGUUGCUGAGCGCACUGCUUCCCUGGUUGCAAGCUGGCAAGGGGUUGGUUUUACUCAUGGUGUGUUGAACACUGACAACAUGAGCAUACUAGGUCUCACCAUUGAUUAUGGUCCAUUUGGAUUUUUGGAUGCUUUUGAUCCAAGUUUCACUCCAAAUACCACAGAUCUCCCUGGAAGAAGGUACUGCUUCGCAAAUCAGCCUGACAUCGGCUUAUGGAAUAUUGCACAGCUCUCAGCUAGUUUAUCAGAAGCUCAGCUAAUCACUGAUAAGGAAGCAAACUAUGCCAUGGAAAGAUAUGGAGACAAAUUUAUGGACGAUUAUCAAGCAAUAAUGACUAAGAAACUAGGUCUCCUGAAGUACAAUAAACAGUUGAUCAGUAAGCUGCUCAACAAUAUGGCGGUUGAUAAAGUUGAUUAUACAAAUUUUUUCCGGUUACUGUCCAAUAUCAAAGCUGAUCCCAACAUUGUAAAAGAGGAAUUGUUAGUUCCCUUGAAAGCUGCUCUGCUAGAUAUUGGCCAGGAGCGGAAAGUAGCAUGGAACAACUGGGUGCAAUCUUAUAUUCAUGAGCUGGCUGCCACCGGCAUUUCAGACCAGGAGAGGAAAGCCCAAAUGGAUGCUGUAAAUCCUAAAUACAUUCUCCGGAAUUAUUUGUGUCAGACGGCGAUUGAUGUUGCUGAGCAAGGCGAUUUCAGUGAAGUGAGGAGGUUGCUUAAAUUAGUAGAACAUCCAUUUGAUGAGCAACCUGGAAUGGAAAAAUAUGCGCGCCUGCCACCAGCUUGGGCUUAUCGACCAGGCGUUUGCAUGCUGUCUUGUUCUUCAUGAGCUGCUUGCAUGUAUUACAAACUCCACCCAAAACAAAAAAAGUAGUUUUUGAUUUGUAUAUAAUAGAUGAAGCAAAGAUAUCCUAUGGAUUUUGGGCAAUAAUAAAUUGUACUAAUAUUUAUUAUUCCAUGUUGUUGUAACAGUUGAACAGUUGGAAAUAUUUAUUUUGUUAAUUAUUUUUAUAUUGAAUUAUUUGUUUUCUA